AGUCGCAACCUGAGCUCACGCGUGGCCUCCUACAACUCUCGCAUUGUAGGGGAGGGCGAGUCAUUGGCAGAAGAGGUAAAACUCGUCAAGAGUGACAUCUCGCGGGCCAUGAAGCGCGCCGCAGAUGACAAUGCUCUGGAGGAGCUCGGAAGGGCCAAGGCUGUGCUGGAAGGUCACGGACCAGGUGGAGACAUGCGAAAACUGCUCAAGCAGCCAACGCCGGCGCUGCUCACGCUGCUGUUGGGCCAGCAGUGCAAUCUGGUCACCCUCCAGAGGAAAGAGGCGAUAAAGCUGAAGGAGGAAUACCACGCGUUCAGGGACCGCUGCGGAGUCAUCCUGUUCUCAUUUGCGCUUGUGCUCCUGGUGGGCCUCCUGCGAGCGGAUGCCAAGCGGGAGGCUGGGGAGCCCUUCUCCCUGACUCCCCCCUUCAUGGUGGGCGUGCAGGGCUUCCUCGCCUGGCUCCUGUACUUCUACACCGCCAUGGCCCUGCGAGAGAACGUCCUCAAGGUGAAUGGGAGCAGCAUCCGGCCCUGGUGGAUCCACCACCACUACUGGGCGGCCAUCACCAUGGCGCUGCUGCUCACGCUGCCCGUCGAUUCCAGCGCGGUGCAGGCCUUCGUCAGGAAGUUCCUCUGGGAUGCUGAUUCGGGGCAGGAUGUGUGGGUGCAGGGGUUGGUGAUGAUGGUGCAGAACCGGUACCAGCGGCGGCGGAUGUACACACGCAUCGCGCUCGGCAAGAACCGCGCGAUGGACGUGGUGUCGGGCGAGUCCAGCGGCGGCUCUGGCCAGCUCCUCUUCCUCUACCCACUCCUC